GCGCUGAUACCAGACGAACCGCGGUCUCACAGCGUCUGGAACGCUUUGGCUCAGAUAUCGCGCAUCGAAGCUCGUCUCCCUGAUCAACCGAGCCCACGCCGGCGUCUACCAAUGGCUCUUCCGUCUUUCAAAGUAGGCCUGAAAGAGCUCUACCUACCAGAUAUCCGCGUCACACUCCUCCGCAGUAAACAUGGACCUAGCCACGCCCAUUUCCGCGUACCACUCUUCUUCAGCAAACUCGAUCUCCGCGAUUACCUCUGGCACGUCUACAAAGUGGAGAUUUUUUCAGUACAAAGCUACGUCAAACAACAGCGCGUAAGAUCUGGUAGAGAGAACGAUAUUCGACCGGCGCCACGCCGAUGGCAUCGCCCAAAGGCCCACAAGCACAUGACCGUUCAGCUUGCGAAACCAUUUGUCUGGCCCGAAGAACCGGAGGACUUUUCAGAGUGGAACAUGGAGACGGUGGAGGCUGCAGAAAAGGAGCAAGACAAGCAGCAGGAUUUGUCGGGCUCGACAGGAGAUGCGAUGGAAAAUAAGGAGCGAAGAGAGAGGAUGAGAGAGCAAGCGAAGGCAUUACUCUCGGGCAAGACGAAAUGGCGACCGUCGUCUUCGAAGGGUAUAUGAUCAUGGUGAGGGGGCUCUGGGUUGAUGAAAAUGGAGGAAUAAAGAGGUGUACAUUGUGUGUAUCAACAAACUUGUCGAUAUGGACCGC